ACUCAUGGCCACCAGCUGCAAACUCUGAUCACAGCCACACUGGACUCUAAGAACCUCUGUGAGGGACGCUCCGGCCCGACCCUUGACAUCCCGGCCUUGUCUGGAGCUGCUGCUUCUGCCCUCCAAGAUGCCACCACCAUCACGGAGCUGUGCGCCAACCUGCCCGAGGUGGAGAUCAUCAGCCUGCUGGAAGAGCAGCUGCCCCGCUACACGCUGCGUGCGGACUCCGUCUUCGGCUACGGGCACGGGGACUGGCUGCAGACGCCCCUGCUCCCUGCCGGGGCUGCUGAGCGCCUGACGCCCAUCCAGGUGCGGGAGACACUGCACUAUUUCCUGCUCUGCUCCGAGAGGGUGGGCCGGAUCACCCAGACCUAUCGUGACAUCGACGCCGUCACCAGCCUCUUAGAGGAGAAAGAGCGGGACCUGGAGCUGGCGGCCUGCAUCGGCCAGUCGCUGCUGAAGCAGAAUUCCUCCCUGACUGAACGCAACGAACUUCUGGAGGAACAGCUGGAGCAGGCCAAGGAGGAGAUCGCCCAGUUGCGGCAUGAGGUGGCCAUGCGUGAUGACCUCCUCCACCUGUACACCAACACCACGGAGGACAGCGAGCCUCCCAGCGCCACCGCCACCCCGUUGCGGCGCAAUGACUCGUCAGUGUCCCUCCAGCACAGUGUCCAGCUGGACGUGCUGCAGCAGAAGCUCAGGGGGCUGGAGGAGGAGAACCGGCAGCUGAGGCUUGAGGCCACCAGCAUCGCCACGGAGACCUCCCAGUACGAGGAUCAGGAGCAGCAGCUGAUGUUGGAUUGCGUGGAGCAGUUCUCUGAGGCGAGCCACCAGGUGACAGUGCUGUCGGAAGAGCUGUCACGCAGGGUGGAGGAGCAGGCACGGCAGCAGGAAGAGAUCAGUCAGCUCCUGGGUCAGAUCGUGGGGCUGCAGAGCCGCUGCCGGGCGUUUGGGACAGAGAGGGACGAACUGCAGCAGCACCUGGCGGCAUCACGAGAAGUCCAGCAGCAGCUCCGCACCGAGCUUCAGGAUCUGCAGGAGAAGUAUGCCGAAUGCCGGGCCAUGCUGAGCGAGGCUCGGGAGGAGCUGAGAAACCAGCGGAACCGUGACCUCCCCAGCAGCACGGUCAGCCACUACAGCAAUCUGCACGCUCUGCCCCUGGACUCUCUGGCGGCGGAGAUCAAGGGGACAAUGAGGAAACGUUCUGGAAGCCAGCUGUCCGAGCAUGGUACCUUGCGCCGGGCCUUCGAGACCGUCAAGGCCGUGAACCAGGGCAGACGAGCCAGCUCAGUCCCCGGGACCCCCCAGCACCUCCCUGGCUCCCUGCAACGCAGCCAGCCCGGGACCCCGCACUCCGUGUUGGACCCCGUUAGCGAUGCCUCUGGGGAACCCCCGAAUGAAACAUCCCCCGAGGAGGAGGUGGCGGGCGUCCCUGGUGACGAGGCCUUGGAGCAGGUGCUGCGGCAGCUGGAGGCCUGGCAGGUGACCCAGGGGACAGAGCGGGUACCGAGGAUGCCCAACAGGGAUGGAGACGGCUUCACUGGGCUCCCCGGGAACGACUGCUACGAGCUCCCAGGCUCUGGGCUGUCCCUAGGCUCGCUGGUCUACCUGCCUGAGAAACUGCAGAUUGUGAAGCCCCUGGAAGGUUCUGUGACCCUGCAUCACUGGCAGCAGCUGGCACAGCCCCACCUGGCUGGCAUCCUGGACCCACGGCCUGGCGUCCUGACCAAGGACUUCCGGAGGCUGGAGGUGGAUGCAGAGGAGGUUUACAACCUGCAGGACCUGGAGGAGGAUGAGGUGGAUGCUGUGGUCAAGGGCCGUUCCCCAGUGUUGCACCCUAACAAUCUCCCCCAGACCCCGGCUACCCACACCAUUACCACCUGCCGCCUUGCCCGCCCCACUUCCUCCGACGUCACCUCAGUCACCCACAGCCUUUGCCAUACCGUCGUUCCCUGCUGUGGCCCCUCAGAGAAGCUGAACCACGUCCCCACGUCGACCCCCUCCCUGCUGCUGCCGCCCCCGACGCUGCCCCCUCCUUCGUGCCUGGCUGAGCCUGCCAGCCCCGCCUUCUGCCACCUGCUCCCUAUCCUGACUCAGCGUGGCAUCUCGGCGGCCACCCCCCCGGACCCUCCGGCCCCAGCCUGGACCGUUCGCCCGACGGGCAGCUUUGGCCUCGCCCAGGCCCUGCUGAGAGACGUGAGGGACACCGGCGAGGGGCACGGAGACCCCCGCGGCUUCAGUCUCAAUCUGGUGCGGAAACUGAGGCAGCUGGGGCUGGAUCGGGUGGUGGCGCGGGGGACCGGGGUGGGGCAAGGGGAGACUCCGGAGCCCCCUGGGACCGGGCCCUGACCCCAGGGGUGGGAAGACCAGGGAAGCGGGGGGCUUCAGGGGCCUAGUUCCCUCCUCUCCUACCACCUGCCCAACCUGGGCCCUCUGGACCGACCUGUUGACCCUCAGCCCAGCCUGCGACAUGCACUUUAACCCCUGUUUCACUUCCCUGUCCCCCACCCCCCUCAUCUCCCUCAGGGCUGGUGGAGCGCGGGGUUGGGAAGGGAGAAGGAGAAGCCCCCAGCCCUCCCAACCACCAGGACUUAGUUGGUCUCGUCUGUAAAUAAGAGGUUAAUAUAUUUGCUAAUGCACCCCCGCCUCAGCCUCCACCUCGCAGCCCUGGAUGGUUUUUAAUAAACCAGCGUUUUCGGAGUG